AGUUUAUAUAGCUCCCCCCACAGUCCUUAUUACAAAGUUCAUAAUCUCUCUCUCUCUCUACCCCCUUUUGUUUUUCAUUCUGUUCUCUCACUCUCUCUUAUGAAACGGAGAAUCCCUUCAAUGAUUUUGUCUGAAGAUCAAGAAUGAGCUUCUUUACUUGAAAGAUUUGGUCUAUUUUGAAAAAUACGUUAAAAGUUGAUUUUUUUGAUUUUUUUUAACCAAAAAACUAACUUUUAACAGUAUUGCAAAAAUAGAAAUAAACCCUAACCCAUCAUUCAUUCAAAAGAACUCCAAUAUGGUUUGGUUUGGGAAAAUAUUUACUUGAAAUUUCUUUUAUCUUCACCAAUUCAAGUUUUUGCUGAUUGGCUCUCUUCCUUUCCUCCCUUUUUGGGCAUUUGGCUCUACUCCCAAUUAAAUUUUCAACAACCCUUCUUGGUCUUUGAGUGUUUUUUUUUGGGUCACCCUGGUUGGAAUUUGGAUAUUUUUACACUUGUGAUAAAAUCGUAAUGAUUGUGUGUGAAUAUAGCUCUAAUUUAACAAUGAAUUGCAUAAAUCUUAUAUUCUUGUACAUAAAUGAGUGUUAAAUUGCAUAAAUCUUAUAUUCUUGUACAUAAAUGAGUGUAAUUUAUAAUUUUUAUACUUUUGUUUUUAUUUAUUUUUUUCCGUAUCUCAUUGAUCUUGAUUAAAUAUUUUUAAAAUCUCUCUCCCAUGUGGGGCCUUUAUACUUCUGCCUCCUCAACUGCUAUUAUUUAUCUUGGGCUCAUGAUAUGUGAGAUAUGGUUGUAUUGGAAACUUGCCAUUGUAUCAGUACAAGAGAGUACAGAGCAUGUCCUUUUUACUGUUCUCUAUUAAUGUCAGCUUAUCCAUGUAAUCUCUGAGUAAAGCUCUUCAAUGCCUGUUUUUGAAUCCUGGUACAUAUCUAUUGUUUAAUUGGUUGAUGGGUACUAGGGUUUGUUGGUGAAUUUGAUGAUAAACCCUUUUCUGUUUUAGAAAAAUGGAAUCUGGAAAUGGAUUUUACUCUGUUGAUGAGUUUAGGUUGGAUUCCAAGUGGCUGAUUGAUCCCAAACAUCUCUUUGUUGGGCCAAGGAUUGGGCAGGGAGCUCAUGCCAAAGUAUAUGAGGGAAAAUACAAGAAUCAGAGCGUUGCGAUUAAAAUUGUACAUGGAGGAGACACUCCCGAUGAAAUUGAAAAGAGAGAAUCGCGUUUCGCAAGGGAGGUUGCCAUGUUGUCUAGAGUUCAACACAAGAACUUGGCAAAGUUUAUUGGUGCGUGCAAAGAACCGGUUAUGGUAAUAGUCACCGAGCUCUUGUUAGGUGGAACAUUGCGUAAAUACCUGCUAAACAUGCGUCCAAGUUGUUUAGAUAAAUGUGUAGCAGUUGGUUUUGCGCUUGACAUUGCUCGUGCAGUCGAGUGUUUGCACUCUCAUGGGAUCAUACACCGAGAUCUGAAACCCGAAAACUUAAUCUUGACUGCAGAUCAGAAAACAGUUAAACUCGCGGAUUUUGGAUUAGCAAGGGAAGAGUCGAUAACAGAGAUGAUGACUGCUGAAACAGGGACAUAUCGUUGGAUGGCUCCAGAGUUGUACAGCACUGUUACAUUGAGGCAAGGAGAGAAGAAGCAUUACAACCAUAAAGUAGAUGCAUAUAGCUUUGCCAUUGUGCUUUGGGAGCUUGUACAUAACAAGUUGCCAUUCGAAGGCAUGUCGAAUCUGCAGGCAGCAUAUGCAGCCGCCUUUAAGAAUGCACGACCUAGCUUGGAAGACCUCCCGGAAGAACUGGCCAUAAUUUUGGAUUCAUGUUGGAAGGAGGAUCCAAAUACCCGGCCCAACUUCACUCAGAUUAUACAGAUGCUCCUACAAUAUCUUUCCACCAUCUCACCUCUCAAGCCCGUUUCUAGGCUUUCCAUCCCGGAGAACACCAUCUUGCCUCCAGAAUCUCCAGGCACAAGUUCUUUGAUUGCGCUACAUGAUGACUCAAGGGAAACACCCCGAGGAGAGAUAGAAAACAAACCAAAAAGUUCAUUCUUCUGCUUCAACCAGUGCUAUUAGCCGUUCAAUGACUGAUGAAGAGUGAAAAAAUGGGCUUCAAUCAAUCCCACAAGUUCAUUUUGAUUACAUUGUAAAUGUGAAAUCUUGGAUCAAAUUUUGAUGUUCACUUCAAUUUGUGGGAUGAAAUGUGGAAGCCUUGCAAGAUCUUAGUUCUGAUAACUUAGUUUUUAUGAUAAAAUAACUUCUAGGA